GCUUUUCCAGGGAGAGAUGGACUCAUUCUCUGAACCGCAGCGCCGCCAGGAGUACUCCCUCGCAGAGGUCCGCGAACAAGUACGCAGACUCGAGGAGGAGCACCUCGCGAAGGGCAUAGAACUGUCCGGGCGCAUCAUUCACUUAACUCAUUACCUUCCCUUCAGCGCGACGCUGAAGUCCGCCAGCUCCAGCACGUCCGCGAGCGGCCUGCAACCCGGCAUUCCUAGCCCGCCUCAGACACCUCCCGCCAAGGCCAACGACAUCCCCCCAUCCCCCUCCACAGAAAACUCCCCGUCGCAGUCGCGCGUGAAGGCAGGCGACGAGCCAUGGAAUGUCUCUGUCCGUUACGGACACUCUGCAAUGGUCUCGGGGAUAUUGUCCCUUUCGGCGACCCAUGAACAGCUCUUCGUCGGCUGGACGGGAGACAUCCACUCCGCACCGUCCUCGAGCCAUAUCAAUGGUAGCGGCUCAACAACUCCUUCUGCACUGUCUGAACCCGUCAAGACGCCCUCCAAGGACGUCUCGGACGCAGAUAAGGAGGCCUUCGAGCGUAUCGUCAAUGCCAAGGGCACCAAACUGUUGCUCAAGGACGAUGCUAUUUCUCAAGUUGAAGAAGAGGGAGAACCACGGAAGAGCGUCGAGUAUGUGCCUGUCUGGUUGGACGAUAAGGAGGCGCACGGACACUACGAUGAUUACUGCAAACAGACCCUCUGGCCACUGUUUCACUAUCUUCUUUGGCAAGAUGUCGCGACAGAGUACGCGAGUGCGGACGCUCAUUGGGCACCAUACGUUGCCGUCAACGAGGCCUUUGCGAAGGUCGUCGAACGGGUGUACAAACCUGGCGACCUCAUCUGGAUACACGACUACCACCUUCUCCUGCUUCCGAGUCUCAUUCGCCAAGUACUCCCUGAAGCAGCCAUUGGUCUCUUCGUCCAUACACCUUUCCCAAGUAGCGAAGUUUUCCGCUGUCUCCCGCGUCGCAAGGAAAUUUUGGACGGUAUGCUCGCCGCCAAUCUUAUCUGUUUCCAGACCUACUCGUACUCGCGCCACUUUGUCUCCACCUGUGUCCGAGUAUGCGGUUACGAGUCGACUUCGCGCGGAGGAAUCGAUAUUCAGGGACAUGUCGCCAGUAUCACUUGGUGUCCAGUCGGUGUUGACGCUGAGCGUGUCAAGGGUGACUUAGCACGCCCUGGCAUCCAACCCAAGCUCGAGGCGCUCAGAGCGUUGUAUGCCGGCAAGAAGAUCAUUGUUGGACGCGAUAAGCUGGACGUCGUCAAAGGAGUCGUGCAGAAGCUCCGGGCGUUUGAGAAGCUCCUGCAAGACUACCCGCAAUGGGUCGGCAAUGUUGUCCUCAUCCAGGUCACCUCGCCUGCUCUCACGGAUUCGCCCAAGCUUGAACGCCAGGUGUCUGAGCUUGUUGCUCACAUCAAUGGAGAAUAUGGCUCACUCGAUUUCGUUCCUGUUCAUCACUAUCACCAGACCAUCAAGAAGGACGAGUUUUACGCUCUCUUGAGCGUUGCUGACCUUGGUGUCAUUACUCCUCUCCGCGACGGUAUGAACACAACUUCGAUGGAGUUCGUCAUUGCCCAGGAUCGGACAAACAAGAGCCCACUCGUGCUCUCCGAAUUUAUGGGUAUCUCCAGCAACAUGACUGAGGCGCUCCAGAUUAACCCUUGGAAUCUCGGCGAGGUCGCUGCCGCGAUGCACAAUGGACUGACGAUGUCGCAAGAGGAGAAGUUGCAGCGACACGAGAAGCUCUACAAGGUUGUCACGACGCAUACCUCGCACACCUGGGCGGCGCACCUGGCUAAGUUGCUCCUCGAGCAGCUCGGCAAGGUUAAUCUCGCGAAGCGAACCCCUUUCAUCCCAAAGAACCAGCUCGAGGGCCACUACUUGAAAGCGAAGAAAAGACUCUUCCUCUUCGACUACGACGGCACAUUGGCGCCAAUCGUCAAGGUCCCGAGCAUGGCGACCCCGACCGAGAACACGCUCAAGGCGCUCACUCAGCUCGCUGAGGACCCGAAGAACCUCGUGUACAUUAUCUCCGGUCGCGACCAGGCGUUCCUUGAGCAGCACCUCGGGCACAUCAAGAACCUCGGCAUGAGCGCGGAACACGGAGGCUUCAUCCGUGAGCCUGGUAGCACUACUUGGCGAAACUUCACCGAGAACCUCGACAUGAGCUGGAUGGGCGAGGUCCUCGAGAUCUUCAAGUACUACACCGAGCGGACGACGGGCAGUCAGAUCGAGGUCAAGAAGAGCUCGAUCACAUGGCACUACCGGAGCAGUGAUCCAGAGUGGGGAUUGUUCCAGUGCAGACAAUGCCAGGACCUACUCGAGAACAACUUGGCACGCAAGCGGCCGAUUGAGGUUCUUGUCGGCAAGAAGAACCUCGAGGUGCGCCCUAUUGCGGUCAACAAGGGCGAGAUCGUCAAGCGGAUAUUGUACUACAACCCCGAUGCCGAGUUCAUCUUCUGCGCGGGCGACGACAAGACCGACGAGGACAUGUUCCGCGCGCUUCUUCUGUUCCAGAGCCCGUCUUCACCAAAGUCGUCGGCCCUUGCCUCGCCAAAGAUUGUGAUGGAGCCGCCACUCUCCGUGACGCUCCUCGCGGGUCAGGACGGGGCGGCGAAGUUCGGGCCCGUCGAGCUCGCGAUCGAGCGCAACGCGGUCUUCACGACUGCCGUCGGGCACAGCAGCAAGCGCACGCUUGCAGUCUGGCACGUCACGACACCCGAAGAAGUCGUCGACCACAUGUUGCAUCUCGUCGGGAUCAACGAUGGGGAGAAGAGCAACCUAUAAGCUGUCGAGGGGACGUGAACGGACGGCGCUUGGGUGUGAGAGUAAGAUAGAAGAUCAGCGGAAGAGAAUGCAAAGUUACGCACAUGUACCAUUACACACACGUAUUUUAGAGUGCUCUUGUUACUAUUUUAGCUACUGUUUUCUUUUUUUCUGUAUGCCGAAUUACUAUCGAAUACUAUGGCA